AUGUUUCUUCCAAAAGAAUUCUAUGGCUUGGAACAUUAUCAAGUCUCACAUUUAUUUUUCUCUCCUUUUGAAUGUGUGAUUUCAUAUCUUCCAAUGAAAGAUAUCGCCUCCAUCCUGUGUACUUGUUCCGAAUGGGAAUUUAAAAUUACAAAUUCUCAACUACUGGGAGAAAUGGUUUUUAAAAAAGAAUUGGACUCAAUUUUGAAGAAUAGUUUUGGAUUGAAACAAACCUUCUACUGUUUAGAGAGUGAUGAUGAAAAUAUUCUGGAAAUGAUUGGAGAAUUUUAUCGUGAACCUUUUAUUUCAUGUCAUUCAGAAUUACAAGAGGAUUGGGAUUUUAUGGAAUAUAUAAAGAAUGGGGGAGUUACCAUGAAUGCGAUUGUUGAAAUUCAUAAAUUUCUUCUCUUGAUGAAUACUGGUCGGUCAGAUCAUUAUGAUGAAUCCAAUGAGGUGAAAUUGGCAAAAAUUUAUUUUACAAACACAUCACUGCUUGAAGGAAAGGGGAUUUCAUUAGGACGAAUUUUAUUAAAUAUGGUGAAUGGUUGGUUCAAGACAAUGAAAGGUCCAAUAACGUUGGAAUUCCAGUUACAAAAUUCUGAAAUGACUCGAAUCAUUCAUUAUGACAAGAUGGACCACAAAAUGCAGCCUCUUUCUGUCACAAAAUCGUACCAAGCAUCGAAUGACAUUUUUAAACGAUGUGGACAUCCACCUUAUGGAUUACGAAAUACAAGUACUUUACAAUCAAUUCGAAAGAAAAUUUAUGGAACGUAUAAUUUUAUACAUGCUUUGGAUUGGAAGGAUCAUGUGGAGAGUAGCGAACAUAGUCAAUGGAGCGAGUUUUGGGAGAUGGGACAAGAAUGGUGGGGUUGUCAUGCCAUUACCACUUGUGCUAUGACUGAGGAUGAUGAAUUGAAAUUUGUGAUAGCUACAGCUUCAGCAACGGACUGA